AUGUGGGCGGGAGCUUCUGUUGCUGGAGGCCAGCCCGACCGGUACCUUACCUUCCCAACUCCAGAGAGGAGGCACAAGCUUCCCGAAUUUGAGCCUCCCCACGGAGCUGGUAGAUCACUAUCAGUUUGUGAACCCUGCUCUCUUUCCAUACCUGCUUCGCAGCGUCUUAAUUUGCCUCCUCCUUCUGCAGGAUCUGAAACUCAGCACCGAGGCUCUGCUCCCCACUCUGAGAGUGAUCUCCCAGAGCAGGAAGAGGAGAUUCUGGGAUCUGAUGAUGAUGAGCAGGAAGAUCCCAAUGAUUAUUGUAAAGGAGGUUAUCAUCUUGUGAAAAUCGGAGAUCUAUUCAAUGGGAGAUAUCAUGUGAUCCGAAAGUUGGGCUGGGGACACUUUUCAACAGUGUGGUUAUCAUGGGAUAUUCAGGGGAAGAAGUUUGUGGCAAUGAAAGUAGUUAAAAGUGCUGAACAUUAUACCGAAACAGCACUUGAUGAAAUCCGGUUGCUGAAAUCAGUUCGCAAUUCAGAUCCUAAUGAUCCAAAUAGAGAAAUGGUUGUUCAACUACUAGAUGACUUUAAAAUAUCAGGAGUUAACGGAACACAUAUCUGCAUGGUGUUUGAAGUUUUGGGGCAUCAUCUGCUCAAGUGGAUCAUCAAGUCCAAUUAUCAAGGGCUUCCUUUGCCUUGUGUCAAAAAAAUUAUUCAGCAAGUGUUACAGGGUCUGGAUUAUUUACACACCAAGUGCCGUAUCAUCCACACUGACAUUAAACCAGAAAACAUCUUGUUGUCAGUGAAUGAACAGUACAUCCGGAGGCUGGCUGCAGAAGCAACAGAAUGGCAGCGAUCUGGAGCUCCUCCACCUUCUGGAUCUGCAGUCAGUACUGCACCCCAGCCUAAACCAGCUGACAAAAUGUCAAAGAAUAAGAAGAAGAAAUUGAAGAAGAAGCAGAAGCGCCAGGCAGAAUUACUAGAGAAGCGAAUGCAGGAAAUUGAGGAAAUGGAGAAAGAGUCGGGCCCUGGGCAAAAAAGACCAAACAAGCAAGAAGAAUCAGAGAGUCCUGUUGAAAGACCCUUGAAAGAGAACCCACCUAAUAAAAUGACCCAAGAAAAACUUGAAGAGUCAAGUACCAUUCACCAGGAUCAGACACUUACGGAACAUGGUGUAGAGGGUGGUGCAGCAGAAAUAAAUUGCAAUGGAGUAAUUGAAGUCGUUAAUUAUACUGAGAACAAUAAUAAAGAAACAUUGAGGCUUAAAGAGGAUCUACAUAAUGCUAAUGGCUGUGAUGUCCAAAAUUUGAAGCAGGAACCUAGUUUUCUAAGUUCCCAAAAUGGAGACAGCAGCACAUCUCAAGAAACAGACUCCUGUACACCUGUAACCUCUGAGGUGUCAGAUACCAUGAUGUGCCAGUCUUCGUCAAAUGUAGACCGGUCAUUCAGUGCACAGGACAUUAGCCAACUUCAAGAAAGCAUUCGAGCAGAGAUACCCUGUGAAGAUGAGCAAGAGCAAGAACAUAAUGGACCACUAGACAACAAAGGAAAAUCCACUGCUGGAAAUUUUCUUGUUAAUCCCCUUGAGCCAAAAAAUGCAGAAAAGCUCCAAGUGAAGAUUGCUGAUCUUGGAAAUGCCUGUUGGGUGCACAAACAUUUCACUGAAGAUAUUCAGACAAGGCAGUAUCGCUCCUUGGAAGUUCUGAUAGGAUCUGGCUAUAAUACCCCUGCUGACAUUUGGAGCACAGCGUGCAUGGCCUUUGAACUGGCCACAGGCGACUAUUUAUUUGAACCUCAUUCAGGGGAAGAGUACACUCGAGAUGAAGAUCACAUUGCAUUGAUCAUAGAACUUCUGGGGAAGGUGCCUCGCAAGCUCAUUGUGGCAGGAAAAUAUUCCAAGGAAUUUUUCACCAAAAAAGGUGACCUGAAACACAUCACGAAGCUGAAACCCUGGGGCCUUUUUGAGGUUCUGGUGGAGAAGUAUGAGUGGUCUCAGGAAGAGGCAGCUGGUUUCACAGAUUUCUUACUGCCCAUGUUGGAGUUGAUCCCCGAGAAGAGGGCCACUGCCGCUGAUUGUCUCCGGCACCCUUGGCUCAACUCCUAAGCCCCAGCCCAGCACCGCAGCAGAGAUCACACGCUGGCCCUCUGCCCCUCCCCUCCAAGCAUUUCCCUCUUCCCUUUUCAGGGUGAAGCUCUUCCUUCAAGGGUUUCUAGGGUGUUUUUUGGUUUUUGUUGAAUCCAACAUGUUCAUUUGGGUUUGCUUAUUUGACCCUGUGGAGAUCCCCCCACAGCCAUUGGGCAUCCUAGGUGAAUUUGGCCUUGAUUGGGCUCUGCCAAAGACUAAUGGACCAAAAUGUGAAACAGCCUCUCACCCUUGUACCCUUGUCUUUCCAUUAGGACAUCCUUUAAAUUAUAAGCAUCCUUUUAAAAAGAGCUAUGAAGAUGUAUGAGCUCAUCCUUUUAUUCACUGACUCUAAGAGUCAAAUUUUCUAGUGCAUAUCCUAUUGCCAGCAUAAGGAUGAGAAGGGGAAAGGUAUUACUUCCGUGUACAGCAGAGAUAUUAAACUUGCUGUAUCCAGGCUGCAUCAUCUUCCUGGAUUGUUUCUGUUGUUUUCUAUGUUCACAUUUUUUUCUGUGACUUUUAAACUGCUAUCUUUUUAAAUGAGCUGUAUAAACACCAUAUUUGGGUACCAUUUUAUCACUGUUCAAAGCACUGUCAAAUUCCUUUCAUCCUUUACUAACUCUAAGAUCCUCGAAUCUUCAGUCUGAUUUUUGAUGGAAACAAAAAUGGAACCACUGACUAGUAGUUUCUUCAGAACCACAUAUAUUCUGCAAACUGUCCUUUCCUAUGUCUCUUCUGUACCCUACCAGCAGAGUUACUUUGAUUGGCUCUUUGUUUUGUUUUUUGUUUUUGUUUUUUAAUCCCUGGCUGGCACUUUACUCAUUGCACUUGAGUUUAUUGCCCCAUAACUAAAGAAUUCAGGAUGACUCUAGAAAGGAAAACUGGAUUUCAGAGAUUUCCCAUCUGAGAAGAAACUGUCCUAGAGUUCUCAGUUCUUUUACAAACAGUCCCCAACUUUUAUUUACAGCUUUUUCUUUACCUUGUCCAGAAUUCAGCCUUAAAGCAGUUUCCCCCUACGGCUUUGCCUUUCUCAUUUUCUCAGAGGCUUCAUUCAGGUCUUAAAUGAAAUCCCAGGAUACAAGAACCAAGGGGAGGGGGGUGGGAUGGCACUUUUUUUUAUUGUUUAUUUUGAGGGUUGUAGGGUUUUUUUCCUCUUUUUGUUUGGUUUAAGGUUAGCCAUUCUCUGCUGCUAUAUCUUUGUAUAAUGUAAGUUUUAAAUUUUGAGAUGAUUGAAAUGUACUUGAGGCUUUUUUUUUUUUUUUUUUUUUAAUGAGAAAAGGCGUUGUGAAUAUUAUUUUAGGAUGGGCCUCUCCUAGACUUGCCCUAGACAUUACAUAUAUUCCUCGGGUCAUAUUGAAAAGCAAAAGAGGGACAGGAUUGGGGUCACAGCUGCUUGUUCUGCACGGACCAAGUGGGCCUUGGGGAUUACAGCAUUCUCCAGAAGCGGCUACAGGACUCUGACUUACAGAAAGCCAAGGAGGUGCAACUUGAGGCUCUACUAGCAAAGCACCGGUGAGACUGUUAGGUAGCCAACUUCCUUUACAGGAGAUUGGAAUCUAGAUUCUGUCAUUUAUCUACCAACAAAGGCAAAGGAAAAAGUGGUGCAAUUAUGCAAUCCGUUUAACUCGUAAACAUAUUACCCUGAAUAACUGGCCAGCCAUUCAUCGAUCCUUGAUGGAUAGUUCUGAAAUCAGACAUGUUCCUAUAGAAAGAAUUUGAAGUGAGGCUGUUCUAUGCACCUAUCAAGAAUAAAGAAAAUAGAUUGUAUCAAACAACGGCAGGGAAAAUCCUUCAGCAAUUCUAAUCCACUUUGGGUUUUCAGCGAUAUAUACAUCUAAAGCAAUACCAGACUAGAACUGAAUUCUUUUCUAUGCUGUAAAAUCACAAUUGUGGAAUUACAGGGAUUCUGGUGAUGACAUUAAGGUGAACUAACCAAACACAUACAAAUAGAAAGCCCUGUUUUAACAACUGACAUGAAGAGAAAUUUUAAUAAGAGAACCUGUAACUUUUUGGAAAUGUUUUCCCACCAAACAAGGGCUUUUCCUCUAUCACUUAAGGAGCCAGAUGAAUUAAAAGCCGUAGAAAGAGGCAGCUGUAGAAUUUGAUCUUCCAAGCACCCCAUCUACCUUUCCUGAACUCAAUCAUAAUGUCAGAUUGCCAGGAUCUCACUAAAGGAUUUCUAUUUGCUGUCAGUAAAAAAUAAAACCCCAAACACAUUUUUAUUCUUUCUACUGGUUGCAUUGUCUGUUUUCUUUGUAAAUGCAGUACAAUAAACAAAUUAUUUAAUAACC